CGAUGUCGGUGGCCUUUGUACCUGACUGGAUGAGGGGCAAGGCGAAAGUCAUUCAAGAGACUAUCCAGCAGCUCCUGGAGGAGAAUGACCAGCUGAUCCGCUGUAUCGUGGAGUAUCAGAACAAGGGUGGAGCGAAUGAGUGUGUCCAGUACCAGCAUGUGUUAUAUAGAAAUCUUAUUUAUUUAGCUACCAUCGCAGAUGCCAACCCAUCCAGUACUUCAAAAGCAAUGGAAUGAUCUUUCAGUUGUAAGGAGUAAUUGAAUGUAAUCCAUCUCCUAUAAAAUGGAGACAGGAUCUUUACCAACUCAACUGCUUAAAACAUGAAACCUCUGAUUCUUUUUAAAAUGUGAAAAUGUGAAGGAAACUACUAGUUUAACUAUAUUCUCAAUGUAAAUAUUUAUUUUUAAUAAUUAAUCAGAUGCCCCAGAAGGAAGACCCCAGGUGUCCUCUUUCCUGAAAUGGGAGUGUGUUUGGAUAACAAAGACAUCAUGGGCAUCUUCAAGACUACUCUUUAGUUUCAGACUGAAGAGGAAACUGAGUAGGUGUUGGAGGAUCAGCAGGAAUUGCUGAGACUUCUGACUGAGCCUUUGCCAAAUGGAUACAGUAUCUGUGUGCUCCCAUCCAGUUUGUAAAUGUGUUCCCCCUGACCCCUCUUCUCUUCUUGGGUUACUUUGAAAUAAAGCUUGCUUUUCCACAAAAGAACGAUA